GGCGACGAUGACGAUGUACCGGAAGUCAUUCGCGUGUUAGCGUGUACUUCGUAAUGUAGCAUCAUAGGAAGACACUAAUUUGAAAAAAUCUUCAUUUUUUUGAUAGUGAGUUGUUUCUUGCCGGGACUUAUCGAUCCGUUUUGGGAUCGUCAGACAGCAGCAGUAGGCUGUACCCUGCAUGUACUGUAAGUGAGCUGCGCGACGGGAGUUUGAUAAAACGUCUAUUAGCACUUCAUUCAAAAUGAGAACUGUUUUGAUGGUGGCCGAGAAACCAUCCUUGGCCCAGUCGAUUGCCAAAAUACUCUCCAAAGGAAAUUGUACAAGUCGCAAAGGACUCAAUGGAGCAUGUUCAGUUUACGAAUACACUGGCAGCUUCGAGGGCCAAACUGUACGCUUCAAGAUGACUUCAGUUUGUGGACAUGUAAUGAGUCUGGAUUUCAUUGGGAAAUACAACAACUGGGACAAGGUGGACCCUGCGGAACUCUUCAGUAAAGCUCCUAGAAAAAAAGAGGCCAACUCCAAACUCAACAUGGUCAAAUUUCUCCAGGUUGAAGCCAGAGGGUGUGACUAUGUGGUUUUGUGGUUGGACUGUGAUAAAGAAGGCGAGAACAUCUGUUUUGAGGUGCUGGAUGCCAUCCAGCCAGUGAUGAACAAAGGGUGUGCCAGGGAGCGGAGCAUUUACCGUGCCAAAUUCAGCUCUAUUACUGACACUGAUAUCUGGAAAGCAAUGAACCACCUCGGAGAGCCCAACAGGAAUGAAGCCCUGUCAGUAGAUGCACGUCAGGAGCUGGAUCUGCGCAUUGGCUGCGCCUUCACCCGGUUCCAGACCAAAUAUUUUCAGGGUAAAUAUGGCAAUCUAGACUCCUCCUUGAUCUCAUUUGGACCAUGCCAGACCCCAACACUUGGUUUCUGUGUAGAACGCCAUGACAAGAUCCAGUCCUUCAAAUCAGAGACAUAUUGGAUUAUUCAGGCAAAGGUGUUCAAAGGAAAGGACAGCCCGCUUACCCUGGACUGGAACAGGGUGAGGGUCUUUGACAGGGAGGUGGGUCAGAUGUUUGUCAACCUGGCCAAGACCUCCAGGGAGGCUCAGGUGGAGUCAGUGACUAAGAAGGAGAAGGCCAAACAGAGGCCCCAGGCCUUGAACACAGUGGAGAUGCUGAGAGUGGCCAGUUCUGCCUUAGGCAUGGGUCCCCAGCAUGCCAUGCAGAUUGCAGAGCGACUGUAUACACAGGGCUACAUCAGCUACCCACGUACUGAGACGACCCACUACCCAGAGAACUUCGAUUUGAAGGGAACACUGAAGCAACAAGCCAAUAAUCCCUUCUGGGCAGAAGAGGUGAAAGCGCUGCUUUCAACUGGAUUAAACCGACCCCGGAAAGGAAAUGAUGCUGGAGACCAUCCACCUAUUACUCCAAUGCGUGCUGCUUCAGAAGGGGAAUUGGGAAGUGAUGGCUGGCGGCUAUACGAAUACAUCACAAGGCAUUUCAUUGCCACUCUUGCUCAGGAUUGCAAGUACCUACAAACCACUAUAGACUUCAACAUUGGCAAAGAAGCCUUCUCAUGUAGUGGAAAAACCCUCAUAUCACCAGGUUACACAGCAGUCAUGCCAUGGCAAGGUAUCCCCCUGGAAGAGGCCAUGCCAGAUUGUGAACGUGGAGACAGUUUCACAGUAGAAGAGAUCAAGCUGGUGGAAAAGCAGACCAGCCCACCAGACUACCUGACCGAGGCUGAACUCAUCACCCUCAUGGAGAAACAUGGCAUUGGUACUGAUGCCAGCAUCCCUGUCCACAUUAAUAACAUUUGCCAGAGGAACUAUGUGACAGUUGAGAAUGGACGCAAGCUAAAGCCAACCAACUUGGGCAUUGUUCUGGUACAUGGCUACUACAAGAUAGAUGCAGAGCUGGUGCUGCCAACCAUACGUAGCGCUGUGGAGAAGCAGCUGAACCUUAUUGCGCUGGGUAGGGCCAAUUACCAACAGGUUCUGCAGCAUGCACUGGAUAUCUUCAGGAGGAAGUUUCACUACUUUGUGGAUUCCAUCACCAGCAUGGAUGAGUUGAUGGAGGUCUCCUUUUCCCCCAUUGCUGCCAUUGGGAAGCCCUUAUCCCGCUGUGGCAAAUGCCACCGCUUCAUGAAAUGCAUCCAGGCAAAGCCCAGCAGGCUCCAUUGCUCCCACUGUGACGAAACCUAUAGUCUUCCCCAGAAUGGAGCCAUCAAGCUGUACAAGGAGCUCCGCUGUCCGCUGGAUGACUUUGAACUUGUGCUGUGGACAUCUGGAGCCCGGGGAAAGAGCUACCCCCUGUGCCCCUACUGCUUCAGCAACCCGCCUUUCCGAGACAUGAAGAAAGGUAUGGGAUGUAAUGAAUGUACCCAUCCAUCCUGUCAGCACUCUCUCAACUCUUUGGGCAUUGGACAGUGUGUGGAGUGUGAUAGUGGGGUUUUGGUGCUGGAUCCCACCUCUGGACCAAAAUGGAGGAUGGCCUGUAAUAAAUGCAAUGUGGUGGUGCACUUUUUUGAACAUGCACAUAAAGUACAGGUUGCUCAGGAAAGCUGCGAUAACUGCGACGCAUCUCUGGUGGCAGUGGACUUCAACAAGACUCGCACUCCACUUCCCGCUGGCGAGACCCAACACAGAGGCUGUGUUUUCUGUGAUCCUGUCUUUCAGGAUCUGGUGGAGCUCAAACAUGCCACCAUGAGGCACUCCAUACACCGUGGUGGGGGUGCAAGACGAGGAGGACGAGGCAGAGGCAAAGGACGUCGUGGAAAUCCUAAAAAACCUAAAGACAAAAUGGCUGCCUUGGCAGCUUACUUUGUGUAGAUUCUGUGCCGUACAUCCUGUCAUUUGUUUGUAUGGCAGUGCAUGUCAAUACAUGGACUCCUGUGUUUCUUCUGUUUUGUUGCAUUUAAAAUGUAAAAUAUAUAGUGAAACUAUUAAAGAAUAUAAAAAGCA